AUGCGUCCAGACCAAUGCGAGAGCAGAGGAUUAUGUCGAUUUGAUGCCACUCCGUCCGGUCCAAAAGGCAGACGAAUAGUUGCCAUGCCAAUGUGUAUCCAGUUGAAUGGCUUCGGAGACUGCGGACCGGCUGGGUCGAGGAGGAUUAGGGGCCUGGGGGUAGAAUUGAAGACGACUUGGCUGGGCUCAUCAAAUGGCCUCCACAUUCAGGCUGGACUGGACGACAAAUUCUCUCUCGGCCAAGUCUCGUCCGCACUCGCGACCGUCGAGAAGAGAGGCCUCGGCUCAAACCGACUUGUUGAACUUACUUCCAGUUCGAGGGAAAGUGUUGCCGGUGAAGAGACUCGAAGGUCGGUUGGGGUCUGGGCAGUUUUCUGGACUCGUUAG